GCUAACCAUUCUCGCGCUCUCAGCUGCAACCCAGCGGCGCUCGCCCAUGUGCAAUCGACAGGUCGUCGAAGAACAGGCACAGCUCCGCGAGGCCAUUGUCCAGCUGGUGUGUGUGUGUGUGUCGAGCUCCCUCAUCAGCACCCACUUGAGGGCGACUGGUGCGAAGACGAAGCCCGCCACGAGGUCCUGCCAACAGCGCCUGCCCAUGGUGACCGCGUCCUCCAGCACCACCCACAUGUUCAUCCCGUAGAUGCGGAGGAGAGGAGCAGUGGCACGGCGUCCCGAGCGGCCCCACGGCCUCGCGCAGGCUCCAGGUGCCCACGCGCUCUAGCCGCGCCACCUCUCGCCCGCCUCCUCCAGGCACUCCUCGCGCGCAAUGUCCUCGAGCGACAUGCCCGCCUUGUCGGCGAGGCCAGCAACGACCUCGAGCGUGAAGCCGCACCCAGCGAGGCCGCGAUCCUAGAAGAAGAACAACGGUAUGACCACAUUAUAGUGUCAGAGAUGCACGCGGAUGUAGCGCCGAUCCGCAAAAUCCGCACGCACCUUCUAAAGCUCCUUUUUAAGCAAUUGUCGAUUCCCCAAGCAACAUCGGCACGAAGUCGGAUUCCAAUCGAAUGCGCCGCGUCAGGAUUCGCAACAGCGCCGCGCAAGCCAAUGUUUGCAUGCGCACGUACACCAAUCAUGCAUCGGACCUCCGUAAGCUCGUACUUCUGCAUACCACGCUCUGCUUCUUCUUCUUUUUCUUCUUCUUCUUCUUCUUCCUCUUCCUCGAGGUCCUCCGCUCGACUCGCCAGCCAGCAGGCCGGCCGGAACUGCCUGACGAACACGAAGCGCCCCCGCGUGGCGUUGAAGAUCAGCACGAGCGCCGCAGGCUGCGCCCGCACCGCGUGCCAGGCCCGCUGCACGCCGUCGAGCUGGAACUUGAGCUCGCACAGCUGCAGCCAAGGCGACGGCGCGGCGAGAGGCCUUGAGGCUGACGUGCGUCAGCCGGCCGGCGCAGCCGCUGGCGGGGACCGCCAUGUCUGCUCGAGACGCGCCCGCAAGCGGCGCGGGGCCACCGCUGGCGCGGUCACCGACGGCCUUCACGGUCCGCGCGGCGCGCCAGGGCGAGGGCGAGAGCGACGCCUGCCCAGCUCGAGCCCGGCAGGGCUCUCU